AUGCGCUCUGUUAUGCAAGUGUGGCGAUGUAGUGUGCACAACGUACUGACCGCUGCGUUGUGCAUGCAGUCUCGGAUGCGAACUGGAGGAGGCCCAGGCGAUCGACGGAUUCGCACUGACUGGUACCGCUGUUAUCCGUCACUCAUGGAGGAGAGGGAGCGUGAUAUGUAUCACUGCUACUACCCAUACCUGUUUGAUCAUGGGGACAAGAUGAGUCUCUAUCCCAAAAUACCUGAUAACCCGAGAAUGUGGCAACCCGAGCAGCUGCAGACGACAUAUGACGCUAUUCGAGAGGACAAGUACGAUGCCUUUAUUCGUCUCCGUGAGAAGUUUCCCGAGUUGUACCAAGAUACCCGUGCUUGGGACAAUCCCCCACCGUUUGGCGAGUUCAACAUGUUUUAUUCGGUGAGGUUUGGCAUGGUUGGCGUAAAGGCCUUCACAUGCAAAGACUACGACGAACUGGGCAACCAAUUUGAUUGCACCGCAUUUUGGUUUCCUGACAACCAGAUCGUCCGGCACAGCACACGAAACGGGGAUGUAGGGACAGACAGGGUGUAUGUUGGGGCAAUGAAUGUGCCUGUGGAAUUCCACAAGCCGCAUGUGGCGGCCUUCUACAAGGCAGCUGGCGUGCCUGUGAAGCAUGUGUGUGCUGGAUUCCCAAUCACUCCCGACGCCUACGCUCCUGUGGGCACAAAGUUGGAUGUCCGUCACUUCAAGCCAGGCCAGGAAGUGACCAUUACAUUUCAAAACACGGAUUAUGGCUUUCGGGGCGUCAUGUUUCGUCACGGUUUUGAUGGUGGCUACGUGUGGCUAGGCGAUUCCAAGUGGCAGCGUCGCCCUGGGUGCAUGGGCACAGAGGGGCAGAAGCGUAUCUACCCGGGUCACCGCAUGGCAGGCCAAACAGGCGCCUCCGCUGAGACAUACCAAGGUGUGCCUGUCUGGCGUAUCGAUUACAAAAACGCUCUUAUUUACCUUCCAACGCUCAUUGAUGCGGAUGUUGGCACAUAUGUGAAGUUUAGCGACACGAUCAACACAAAGGGCUACACUCUGUGGAACGAACACCGGGGGCUUCCCGCAUUUCCAACUUUCAUUCCUUCUGAGGAGGAGGAUCUGUCAAAGCUGUCAACGGACGAGUGCCAACUUAUGAGCCCCCCGCUGUACAUGUACUUCCGGGAUGAAUUUGCGGCGUCGCAGUUGGUUUCUCAGGCGGAUGUGGAAGACGCCAAGAGCGCCAGGCCGACGACAGCAGCUCCAAAGAAAAAGGUGUACGAUAUGAAAAAAUACUUUGAGGCGCGUAAAAAGUACCGGCAGAACCUGCAGAAGGCAAGAAAAGUAAAGCUCAUGAGUCUGCGAACCAGGGCGCACGAGAAGCAGGAAGAGGCGCGUCGUGCGAAGAUUUUGAAAUACAAGCGUGUCAAGUAG